GUGCAAAAAGUACGCGAAAACAGACACAAAAGCGAUACAAAUCUAAACUAAAGCAAUAAAGUAACUUGAUUUAUGAAUUAAGUGUGAGAAAAAGUUUGUUGAAACUCAUCAAAAUAAAUAAAGACGAGUGUGUGCGAUUUUAUGCGCACUGGGAAUUGUCUCCUAACACGGAAAUUUACAGUGUAAAAUGUUUAAAGUUGCGCAGUGCAGUGUCAAAACGCCAAAAUAAGCUCGCAGUAACCUCGUGAAACCUGGAAAGCCACACAUUUCGUGUCAUUACUUCCAAAAUGUGGCAAAUUAAUUGAACACAAAAAGCUCUAAAUUCCACAAAAACAAGCAAAUAAGCAACAAGUUGUUUAAAACAACAAAGCAUACAACAUUUAUUUUGUGUUUUUGCUGAAAACUGCUUAGUGUUCAAAGCAACUGUGCGCGCGCUCAAAACCGCUUUUCGCAACUUCGCUCAACUCUCCCAUAAAACAGCGCUCAAAUCGGCGCAUAAACAUCACUCAACAACAACAACAACCGAGCGGUGCCACAUAGUGCCACAGUGUGUUGGUUUGGUGCUACACUCCGCAUUUCGCAUUUCGCGUUUGGCAUUAUUUAGCUGAUUUGUAUAUCAGUUUUCCGAAUACGAAUUCAUCGAUCGUGAGACGGGUCUCGCGAAUCCUGCGCUCGUCUAUGAUGAGCUAGACUAUCCACAUCUCUAUUCACAGUUCGACGGCGGUGGCGCAAUUACGAUGACCAGCAAUAUCGAUUCCACCCAACCACGUGCGUACGUAGUCAACGCCACCGAUAGCAUUGAUGGUGAGAGUAGAGAUUACACACCCGAGGAGUUGGCAGAGGAAGAUGACGAGGAGAAGGUUACACGUUGCGUGCCUGAUUUUCAGUUCUCGCUCGUCGAUUCGGAAUAUGACGAGACGCUGGCGUUUCCCGAUUCCGUGACGAUAUUGUCGAAUGUCGGCGAUAAGCCAGUGCUGGUACAGCGCAAAGACACCGACGACGAUGACGAUGAGGAGGAGGGUGCCGGCGCAUUCACAGGGCAACCUUCGGAGAUACCAUACAGCUCCAUAUAUGGACCGAGCAUGAAAUUCAAUUCCUUUCAGCGCAAAGUAUUCAUACCCGGCAUGGAGAUACAGGUGCGCAUAAUCGACAACGAACGCAGUGUGACGACGCAUUUAUUGAAUCCAAAUUUGUAUACCAUCGAACUGACGCAUGGACCCUUCACGUGGACCAUCAAGCGUCGCUACAAGCAUUUCAAUUCACUGCAUCAGCAGCUUAGUUUCUUCCGCACCUCGCUGAACAUUCCAUUCCCGAUGCGUAGUCACAAGGAGAAGCGUGCCACAAUUAAAAAGGCAGCCAUACAAAUGGCUGAUGAGGCGCGUCUGAAGUCAAUGCAGCUGUCGCAGACGCAGACCACGAUCUGUGAGACGAGCCAGAAAGUGCAAAGUAACGGUAACAGUAAUGCUAGCAAUACCAUGGUCUUGGCGAGCACUAGCAAUAGUCCGCUGUCAAAUCUGGGUAUAACGGGCAAGAGAAAGAAGAAGGAGAGAAAGCUGCCACGUUUUCCCAAUCGACCCGAAUCACUUAUAACUGUCGAGUCACUGCCUACGCGUAUCAAGCAAUUGGAGGAUUAUCUGUACAAUCUACUGAACAUCAGCUUGUAUCGAAAUCAUCACGAAACGCUGAACUUCGUUGAAGUCUCAAAUGUCUCCUUUGUGUCUGAUCUCGGCAUCAAGGGCAAGGAGGGCGCUAUACAAAAGCGUACCGGCUCCACGCGUCCUGGGCAAGCGGGUUGCAAUUUCUUCGGUUGCUUUCAGCAGAAGUGCUGUGUGCGCUGCAGCUUCUUUUGUUCGGACGUGCUGUACGGCAAAUGGCGUAAUCGUUGGUUCUUCGUCAAAGAGACCUGCUUCGGCUACAUACGUCCCACCGAUGGAGUCAUUAGAUCUGUGAUAUUAUUCGAUCAGGGUUUCGACGUCUCCACUGGCAUCUAUCAGACCGGCAUGCGUAAGGGUCUGCAAGUGCUCACAAAUAACCGUCACAUUAUACUCAAGUGCUGGACGCGUCGAAAGUGCAAAGAGUGGAUGCUAUACCUCAAGCAGACCGCAAAUAGUUAUGCGCGCGACUUUACCUAUCCCAACCCGCAUAUGUCCUACGCGCCGGUGCGUUCUGGUAUUCAAGCGAGUUGGCAUGUCGACGGUUCUACUUAUAUGGGUGCCAUAGCGGAUGCGCUUGAAGAGGCAAAGGAGGAAAUCUUCAUCGCUGAUUGGUGGUUGAGUCCGGAGAUUUAUAUGAAACGGCCCGCGGUGGAUGGCGAUUACUGGCGCUUGGAUAAGAUACUACAUCGUAAAGCGUCACAGGGCAUCAAGGUGUUCGUGCUACUCUACAAAGAGGUCGAAAUGGCUUUGGGCAUUAAUAGUUACUACAGCAAACAGAGGCUUUCACACGAGAAUAUAAGGGUUCUCCGUCAUCCAGAUCAUGCGCGCGCUGGCGUGUUCUUCUGGGCUCAUCAUGAAAAGAUUGUUGUGGUCGAUCAGACUUACGCUUUCAUCGGUGGACUGGAUCUCUGCUAUGGCCGUUGGGACGACUAUCGGCAUCGUCUGACUGACCUUGGUAGCAUAUCCACCGCCUCUGCUUCGGGCAGCACACGACGUCUGGGCAGUUUCUUUAAGGACGAUGCGGACUCCGCCUUUGGUUCGCAGAAGUCGUCACGUAAAUGCACCAAUGUAAAUAGCGACCUACAGAAAAGCGAAAAAUUAAGCGCAAACAUCGAAGAAACCCAAUUUGAAGAGGUUGAGCUACGUACACUCGCGCCAGGCGAUAAACUUGUGAUACCUGAAUUGCUUUCACCGCCCACAAGCGAACAGAUCGCCAUCGAAGGCAUGAAAUUAAAUACACCCGAAAUGGAGCGUAAGAAUGUUUUGGAGAAAAUCACCACGAAUGCGAUGCGUAAGGGUAAAGACCUAGUGAGUCGGCUAACAAUGACCGAACAUGAGCGCGGCGCGGGCGAUAAGUCGCCUGAUGUGCUGAAAGAUCCCAAACAGCUUGUGUUCACCAUUGAUGAGGUGGAAACUGGACGCUUGGGUGGUCUAGAGGAUCCCACGCCGUUCCAAACGCAAAUCCUGAACGAUUACUAUGGUCAAGCCAAGUAUUGGUUCGGCAAGGAUUACUCUAACUUCAUACUCAAAGACUGGAUGAACUUAGAUGCGCCGCUCGUCGACAUCAUAGACCGCUCCACAACACCACGUAUGCCUUGGCAUGAUGUGGGCGUGUGUUUAGUGGGUGCAGCGGCGCGCGAUGUGGCGCGUCACUUCAUACAGCGCUGGAAUGCUGUGAAGCUGGAGAAGAUGCGCGAUAACGCCAACUUCCCAUAUCUAAUGCCAAAGAGUUACAACAACAUCAGGCUAAAUCCAAAUAUUACCUUGAAGCGUCAGAAUCGGGUUACGUGUCAGCUGCUGCGCAGCGCUUCUUCAUGGAGCUGCGGUUUCAUCGAGCAGGAUUUGGUUGAGCAGAGCAUACAUGACGCUUACAUACAGACAAUAACGAAGGCACAGCAUUUUAUCUACAUCGAAAAUCAAUUCUUCAUCACAAUGCAGUUGGGCGCGACGGGCGCGUAUGGCAAUGUGCGUAAUCAGAUUGGUGAAACGCUGUUCAAGCGUAUCGUGCGCGCGCAUAAAGAGCGCAAGACGUUCCGUGUAUUUGUGAUCAUACCGCUACUGCCCGGCUUUGAGGGCGAUGUUGGCGGCAGUACUGGCAAUGCGGUGCGCGCCAUCACGCAUUGGAACUACGCAUCGAUAUCACGCGGUCGCUCUGGCAUACUCACACGCCUGCAGGAGGUCGGCAUAAAAGAUCCCGGUGAAUACAUCUCCUUCCACAGUCUACGCACAAACUCACAGCUCAACAAUAAUCCCAUCACCGAGCUUAUCUAUGUCCAUUCCAAGCUGUUGAUCGCAGACGAUCGCGUUGUUAUAUGUGGUUCGGCAAACAUCAACGAUCGUUCCAUGAUUGGCAAACGUGAUUCGGAAAUUGCGGCGAUCAUAACCGAUGAAGAGUUUGAAGAUGGGCGCAUGAAUGGCAAAAAGUAUCCAAGCGGCGUGUUCGCUGGACGGCUGCGCAAGUUUCUGUUUAAAGAGCAUUUAGGCUUACUCGAUCCAGACGCGGAGCGUAUGCCAAUCGAUGUGACGGACCCUGUGAUAGAUCAAUUUUGGAAUGGCAUGUGGCGACGCACGGCCACACGCAAUACUGAGCUUUACGAAGAGAUCUUCAAAUGUCUGCCAACUGAUAAGGUGAAAUCGUAUGCAGAUUUGCGAAAAUAUCAGGAGGAACCGCCGCUAUCUAAGUCCGAUCCGGAAAUGGCUAUGAAGCGGGUGGCGAAUAUACAGGGUUUCCUAGUCAACCUGCCAUUGGACUUCCUCGACAAAGAGGUGCUAAAACCGCCUGGCACCAGUAAAGAGGGACUCAUACCGACCGCCGUGUGGACGUAGUCUCAGACCUGCAUUUACGCUGUUAAAAAUUUGCUACAAUGUAUUUAUUACUACUAUUUUUAUAAUUUUAAUUAUUAUUAUUAUUAUUUUUACUAUUUUUGUUAUGAUUACUUCAAUUAUUAUUCUAAUUUUAUUAUUAUUACCAUAACUGUAAUUAAGAAGCGUGAAAAUUUGAAAAGUUUAAAGUGCUUUAUUAGCAUGUAAGUGUAGCAUAAGCUUAGCUUAGCUUUGUUGACUUUAUUAUUUUAACAUUUCAAUUGACAAUAGAUCUGCACUUUUAAAUUAGACUAUAGUUUAGCGAUUACACUUAUUUUUCGACAGUAUUUUAGAUCCGAAGAUAUUUUACGAACGUCUUUUCCACUGUAUACUACUUGUCAUAGAUUUUAAUAAACUAUUUUUAAUAGUAAAUCAAAAUAAAAUAUCUAAGACAUGUCAUAGAACCUUGUA